UUGUUUGACUUACUUCGUAAACGCACAAGCAGACGUCACGCGUUGCGGAUUACGAAAAACAUUUAUUAUUUCUAAUCAAUUUUGGCUUAAAUAGUCCUUAUUUUGCUAGAAAUAUAAUGUUUACUACCAAGAAACAAAAUAAGUAAUACCAGUUCAUAGAGCGUCAUUAUAAUUAUGUCCAGCAUGGAGGCAAAUGGUGCCGUUUUGUGUGACAAUUUGAUUAAGUGGUUGCAGACUCUAGAUCUUAAAGCAAAACAUGGAAAUCCAUCAGAACUGUCUGAUGGGGUGGCGAUAGCAGAGGCUCUCACACAAAUAGCACCAGAAUACUUUUCACCCGCGUGGAAUUUGAAAAUCAAAACAGAUGUUGGACACAACUGGAGGUUAAAAGUUAGCAACCUGAAAAAAAUAUUGGAGGGUGUUGUAGAUUAUCAUCAGGAUAUUCUAAAUUUAAGUUUACAAGAGUUUUCAAGGCCAGAUGUAGUAAAUAUAGCGGAGACUGCAGAUGCAGCUGACUUGGGGAGACUGCUACAACUCGUAUUAAGUUGUGCAGUGAAUUGUGUAAAAAAAGAGGAAUACAUCACAAGAAUUAUGGAAAUGGAGCUAUCAUGCCAGAGAUCGAUAAUGCAAGCUAUACAGGAACUACAGACGUUAACGCUGGGCGUGAAUCGUGGCAGUGUGCACUUGGAAUCGCCGGCGGUCGAGCAGUCCGAUGCGGAGAUGAGAGAGGUCCUCGCGCAGAGGUGCCAUGAACUCGACACGCAGGUGAAAAUUUUGCAAGAAGAGAAGAUGACGUUGCUUAGUGAGGUGGCUCGAUUAACUGCGGCCCGGGAAUCGGCUGUGGAGCCCGGAGACGCGGAACUGGAUGACGCGGGCGCAUCCCUAGGCCCUGCGCACGCGGGAACGUUGCGCUACACGACGAUGCGAGCGCAACUUGAUGCGCUAAAGGAUGAAUUGGACAAAGUUGAGCUACAACGGGAUGAUCAGCACGCGAGAGCUGAUGCUUUGGAACGGGAGUUGGCGUUGAUGAAGCUUAGGAAUGAGGAACUGCAGAUGGCAGCUUCCGAGAAUGUGGCGUUAAAAGAUGAGUUGGAUGCGUUAAGAGAAACGGCUGCUAAGGCGGCUGCGUUAGAAGCUACGGUAGCUUCGUAUAAGAAAAGGAUGGAAGAACAUGUAGACUUGAGAAGACAGGUGAAACUUCUAGAACGUGCUAAUACGGAACACGUACAGCGUGCUAUAGAACAUGAACAGGCCGCCGCUAAGGCUAACGCGAUACGAGCUCAGCUUGACAUUUAUAAGAAACAGGUAAUGGACCUAAACGAGAAGUUAGACGGCGAGAUAACGAAGGCGGACAAGCUGGAGAUAGAGAACAAGAAGCUGAGCAGCCGCGCGGCGUCGGUGCAGCGCGAGCGCGACGCGCUGCUGCACGAGCGCGACACGCUGCGGGACACCGUCGACGAGCUGCGCUGCUCUACUAUUACUGCCGGUGCAAAUGAAGACAACGUGUCCCGGGAACUGAUACCCAAUGACAUUAAGGAGCAGUUGAUUCGGCUAGAACACGAGAACAAACUGUUACGACAGAACCAAGGCGCUCAGGCGGACACGGCUUCUGUACAAGCUAUGUUAGAAGAUUAUGUGGCGAGGCUAGAGAAACAGCGAGCGAUCAACCGCGAGGCGAACCAGCGCAUUAUGCAGUUAGAAGCCACGCUAGAAGCGCCGCAUCCCAGGCUAGCGUCCGCUAUUGAGGAUAGCCAGAGAAAGUCAUUACAAGUAGAAGAAUUACAAGCGGCCUUAGCAGAAGAACGGCGGCGUGCCACGAAGUUGCAAGAGGCAAUCGCGGCCAAGGACGCGGAACUACUCGCUACGGAGGACAAAUACAAGAAGUGCCUUGAAAAGGCUAAGGAAGUCAUCAAGUCGCUGGACCCUAGAGCUUCUGGUACGUUUACUCAACAAUCGCUGUCAGAUAUAACGUUGGGAUAUUCGCGUCCCGCGGGAACCGUGGCUGGACCAUCGCGACCCGAGAUCGUGCCUGCGCCCAGUAAUAGGACCGAAUGGAGCGGUUCAACCUCAGAGCCUGGCCGCGCCGGUGCCACCGAACAACGCUUACUAAGUACAGCUUGGUACACUCUCGGCGCCCGCUGUCACCGUGACGCCGUAGACACGCGGUUCACGCUGCUGUCGGCCGGCCACUCGUUCCUGGCCCGUCAGCGCCGUCAGCCGCCCCGCCAGCCGCCCCGCGCCCGCGCCUCCCCCGCCCCGCACGCGUCGCCCGCGCCCGCGCAAUGACGUCACCUGAUGUUGCGGCCAGCGCUGGUGAUUGAGUAAGACCUCUUCUAUACUCGUAAGUCCUGUUCUAUACUUAACGUUCUAUACUAUGAACUUUGUGUAUGGUUCGUGCCGAACUUAGUGGCGGCAGAAACUAUUGUUAGUUUAAUUGGCUUGACCACUUCAAGUGCCUGUCUGUACUCGGAGGUUAAUUGCGAGCUGUCAUUAAGUUUGGGUGGAGCUAUACAAAAGCAAGCACGUUGUCCUAAAGCAGUUUCACACUGACGUAUUUUGUUUGUCGCUCAGUUUGCCCUAUCCGCGCGUAUUCGGGUGUCAUCGCUGGAACCAAUAGUUGCCAGUCCUUUAAGCUCGCGCGUAUAAAAGCACUAGUGUGUAACGGCCUUAGGGCAGUCGUGUCCUAUAAACCUUUUCAGUGAUCCAUUUCUGUAAUAGAGGUUUACUUCUAAAACCAUUCCUCGGUGUACGUCAAACGUAUUCUUGAUUCAAAGACUUUUGUGCAUCACACACAACUGUGCCGCAGUGCCCUCUUUACUAACCGCCUUACGUGGCUAACGUAAUACCUGAGUAUAGACUUGAGUGCGCUUCUGGACAGACUAUACAUAGUAGAUAUAUAUUUACAUACUGUAUUGUAUAUAAUCGUGUAUACUGUAUUGAUAACAAUGGUCAGAGGACGAAGCCUUGAGUGUUCAGGACGGAAUCAAACGUAGAUAUAAAGAAUCCACAAGUGUUCCAUUUCCCAUCGGUUCGUGUGAACAAUAUGUUUAUACGAUUGGCGAGUGUAUCUUUUGUAAAUAAUAUUUGUGUGUGCGAUUACGCUAUUGUUGCUGGUCGCUGGUCGGUCCCUUCCAUCUUCAUUUAAUUCUACGUCAAUUGAAAUUACAUAUGAUUUUUGUAUAAUUAUGCAUGAGUGUGAAUCCGUAACCGUUAAUUGUGGGAGCCUGAAGUUAUUGGCUGUUUUUUUUGCAUUAUGUAAUAUAACUGUGACCUAAGUAGACACUUUCUUACAAUUAUUUUAUAAUCAAUAAUGUCUCUUUGUAUUAAAAAGACAUUUUUUGAGUACUAAUUUGCUCAUAUGUUUGUUAAUUUAGAUUAAGUUUGAACACAUAAAAUGUAACCACCUGGUUAACGUAGCCGUUAUGUUAAUAAUUCAUUGUGUGUAUAAGGAUUAGUUAAUUCUAUAAACCUUUAGUAUAAAUUGAUGCAUUUGUGAUUUUCUAAGAUGGCUAACAUUUGCGAUAAGGCAACAAUUGGUGCAUUCUUCUUUCUUUGUAGUCACACUCUUGGUAGAGUGGUCGUGGUCGUCAAUUGGUGCAUUACUUAGUUGAUAUUUGUUCAAAUCACGUAGUAAAGCUCGCUCGCAAUGGGAUAAUAAGUAGAAUUCAAACUAGAUGCAGCUGUUGCAAAUAAUAAUGAAUGUUACUAAAAAACGAUAAAAAGAAGCACAAAUAAUUUUCGUACUUUAUCACAAUAGUUUUGGUAUUGUUUCGAGAUGCACAAAAGCGAAAACAUAUGAAAUUAUCGCUAAUGUAAGCCAACCCAAACCCCUUAUAUAACGUUCAAUAUCUAUUUACUCUCAUUAUUUGAACAGAAUAUUUUUCUCUUUACUAAACUGAUUCGCAAAUGGGACGGAAAAAGUUGCCUUUCGAUGCAGAAACAUUUCUGUCUCGCGGUGCUUCUCAAUAGAAAUUAUGGAAGAAAUAUUUUGGAAUAUAGCCAAAAAUGACUCCGAUUUUAUGGAGAUAUUUUGUAUCUGCUUUACUCGCUUAAGCUCUAAGGGUUUACCAUAAACUAUAAAUCCUAUAAACGUAAAAGAGCAGGAUAUUUGCAUUUUUUUCUUCUAUUAAACGUAUUAAGGGUUUAACGUGCAGGCGCGGAGCAGAAUGCUAUAUUUUAUGGGAUUUAAAGUAAUGGUUAAAUCCCUGAGCCCAUUUCCUCUCGUCCCUUCGAAAUACAACGCCGCCAAGCGGACGUUGUGUCAUAAACUAAUAAUUCGCUGAUUUAUAAUCAUCGUACUCUAAUAUUACAAUACUUUUUUUGAACAAUGACAAUAUUAUUUUUUUGUUUAAAAUCCUAGGUUAGGUUAAUAAAGUGUGAUCCUAGAACAAAACUUUGUGCACUAUUACAAUUUAUUAUUAAGAUGAUAAUUAUAAUAAUUUUUAUAACAUCGUUUUAUAUCAGUAUUUUGUUAAUAUUUAUAAAUGUUGUAACCGGAGUCUUGUCUAACCAGAAUUUAUUAUUUGUUAAUUUUUAGAAAACUUAUAUUAUCACAUUAGCAAUCAGUCGUCAAUUUAUUUUAUCCGCAUCGACUUUUCAAUUUGUCUUUUUCAUUAAUUUGAUUGGUAUCCCUACCAGUUCAGUAAUGGAAUUUAUUGUAUUGAUGCGAAGCAGUGCAAAUUAUUUAUUUAAUAUUAGUAUAAAAUGUAAUUUAUUGUUAAUGAUGACAAUAUAGUUUUGAAAUUUUUAA